AUUUGGGGCGGCGAGGACUCGGAGCCUCCACGCGUCAAGGCCUGAAACCAGCAGCCCCGGAACCCAAGGAGCCGAAGAGUUUCUUCCCAGUUGAACCUGAGAGGGCUCUGGAGGAAAUUAUUUCCACCGUCUAUCGGGCCCUAAGAAGGGACUCCGGGCUACAGGCUACAGACUUACUGUCCUUCUUUUGGAAGGAAGGAAGAAGCCAGGGAAGCUAAAGAUUUCCUCACAGAGGAUGACUCUUAACACCCAGCAGGAAGCAAAGACCACUCUGCGACGUCGAGCAAGCACACCACUACCCCUGUCGUCCAGGGGCCACCAGCCUGGCCGCCUGUGCACAGCACCCUCUGCUCCAUCCCAGCAUCCCCGACUGGGUCAGUCAGUCUCUCUCAACCCUCCCGUCCGGAAACCCUCCCCUGCCCAGGAUGGGUGGUCCUCUGAAUCCAGCGACUCCGAAGGCUCUUGGGAGGCACUCUACCGGGUGGUGCUUCUUGGAGACCCUGGUGUUGGGAAGACUAGCCUGGCUAGCCUCUUCGCAGAGAAACAAGACCGAGACCCUCACGAGCAGCUGGGAGGUGUGUACGAGAGAACGCUGUCAGUGGACGGAGAGGACACCACUCUGGUGGUCAUGGACACCUGGGAGGCUGAGAAACUGGAUGAAAGCUGGUGCCAGGAGUCAUGCCUGCAGGCAGGCAGCGCCUACGUCAUCGUGUACUCCAUAGCGGAUCGCAGCAGCUUUGAGAGCGCCUCGGAGCUCCGAAUCCAGCUGAGGCGCACGCAUCAGGCCAACCACGUGCCCAUCAUCCUGGUGGGCAACAAGGCCGACCUGGCCCGCUGCCGGGAAGUCUCGGUAGAAGAGGGUCGCGCCUGCGCCGUGGUGUUCGACUGCAAGUUCAUCGAGACUUCGGCCACUCUGCAGCACAAUGUGACAGAGCUCUUCGAGGGCGUGGUGCGCCAACUGCGCCUGCGCCGCCAGGACAAUGCAGCCCCGGAGACACCUUCACCUCGACGACGGGCCAGCUUGGGCCAGCGCGCCCGCCGAUUCCUGGCACGUCUGACAGCACGCAGCGCACGACGCCGGGCACUUAAAGCCCGCUCCAAGUCCUGCCACAACCUGGCUGUGCUCUGAGGCCAGCGCCUCUCUCUGGGGUGAUGGGACACUAUGGUGCCACUGAGGAGAAAAGGUACGUUGUUGGAGUCCUCGUGGUCGACCUUGCGUAUUGCCAGGAUGGCAAUAGCAUCGCCAGGAACCAGAGCUUUGGGAACCCUUCCUGCCGGGCGAAAGGAUGAAUAGGCAGACUAUGGGGCUAUAAACCCAAGCUAGGCACAAGGUUUUUUCUUUUUCUUUUUCUUUUUUACAGGGUGGGUGUCUUUUUGUAAAAAAAAAAAACAAAACAAAACAAAUCUUUCUUGUCCCUGGGAUAUGACCAACUCUCAGAAUGUACCACAAUAAGCAGGUCCAGGAUGUCCUGUCUGAUGUGUGGAGGUCUCUCCGUGGGCUCUUCCAGGCAUCUCCACUCUCUCCCCAAACAUCUAACUUGACUGUAGACUGGCUUGGCCUGCUGGCCCAGAUGUCUCAGACAAUCCAUAAAGUCAGUGAAUU